AUGAUGGACGUCUCACCACCUUCGUCGUCUACUUGCACGGAUCAUCAGCGACCUUCGGGAGUCUUCGCAGUUUCCGGACUUGCCGGCUCUGCCCCGCGGCUGCCCUCUGUCGCAUCUCGUUUGGUGCCCUCUGUUGCAUCCUCAGCGAACAAAUAUGUGCACGUCUUGUCCUCGCUUCCGGAGCGUGGACCACUCAUCUCCUCACGGACUCGGGCCAAGACUACCACUGCUUCCGGUGGUACCGUCACCGGCCCAGCUUACUUCGGACGUCAACCGCGGGUUACCAUCGUUCUUCGAACGCCGUCGCCUGUCCGUCGCUCUAACAGGUCUCGUACAAAAACCAAGACCAUCCGGGUCACCGCGCAUUCGCCGCGUCCAUCCGCGACGCUCGCGUCGGCAUCUUCGUCGACUGUUUCCGCGCCACCGGCACCUUCGUCAUCAUCACCGUCUUCAGCGUGCUCUGUUUCGCCGGUUUCGCCUUCUUCACAGGUGUCACCCACGUUUUCGUCUCCCGCGGCACCGUCGUCGCGCGUGGAGGUUGCGGCUGCUUCUGCAGCCGACAGAUCAUCUUCCGCCGCUCCUUCCGCCGGAUCGCCUGAUUCUCUUUUGGAAUCACUCGCCUUAGACACUGCUCAUCUGCGGGACUGCGUCCAGAGUUUUAGAGCUGUGGAUUGGGCUCGGGAACAACAACAGGAAAGCGAAUGUGAAAGCGAAUGUGUGGCGGCCAUGCGUUUUCUUUCCCGUGGCUCUCCCUCCCCACCUUCCCCUCAUUUGCUGACCCUCGAUGCCCCGCCUCGUUCUCCCCGAUUAGACGACCUGUUGGCGCUGGCGGCGAAGACCAGGUUGCACACGACCGACGACAACGUCACUCUUCUCGUGCACAAAUCAGCGCCGUCGCCGGUUGGACGCUCUGGGGGUAGGACCACUCGCUUGCCGAAUACUGGAGUCCCUCGUGUAUACGUGCCGAUGCUCAUGCGUCCGUGGGUUUUGCGUGCUUGCCAUACCCACGCGUUCUUCCAUUUGGGUGUUCACCGUACACAGCGGCUGCUCGAACGUUUUUACUGGUGGAUUGGUGUGGAUCGCUCCGUGCGCUGGUGGCUCCGAUCGUGUCUGGUGUGUCAAGCCCGCAAGACUUCACGCCAAACUGCUCGGUGGCCCAUCAUCGCUAUGCCGCUGCCGCAAGGGCCUGGAACUGUCGUCGGCGUCGACUUCUUUGGGCCUCUGCCAUUGACUGCCAAGGGCAACUCUUACAUCUUGCUGUUCACCGACCGCUUCAGCCGGAGAGCCGACAUGUUCGCUGUCACAGCCGCUGAAUUUACGGCCAAGGGAACGGCCAACAUCUUCGUCAACCAGUACAUGACCAAGUGGGAAUGCCCGACUACGCUGUUGCCGGACAACGGACUUCAAUUUGUUUCGAAGCU